AUUAAAUUACAAUACGAUUGUGUGAAACCCUCCCAUCCUUGAGAUUUUUCAACCAAGAGUUGUUUUAUACCAGAUUAGGUACUGGAGAUUCGCUGAUAAGUAAAACCAAAAUUACAUUAACGGUAUAUAUAAGGCAUAGAAUGAGAAGGAAUUAUAAAUAGUUUGAAAUAUUUCUCUCAUAGUUUCAAAAGUCAUCACAACUUCACAAAUAUAAACUUCAACAAUGAGUCCAACCAUCAAAUAUACUCAGAUAUUUAUAAACAACGAGUGGCACAAUUCGGUCAGCGGUAAGACAUUUCCGACCAUAAAUCCGGCCAACAAUGAAAAGUUGGCAGAUAUUCAAGAGGCAGAUGAGGUAUGUGUGUUGUCCACCGAGUUAUCCAUUAAAUCACUAAUCAUUGAUGACUACCCGAAGGCCGAUGUAGACAAAGCGGUGAAAGCGGCCCAAAAGGCCUUUGAAUUGGGCUCUGAGUGGCGGACAAUGGAUGCCUCGCAGAGGGGGCGCCUCAUCAACAAACUCGCGGAUCUCAUUGAACGCGACCGACAGAUAAUUCUGGACCUCGAGGUAGCAGAUGUGGGCAAACCUGUGGGUGAGGCACAGUUCGACAUCGACGGUGUCAUUGGGACACUUCGGUACUACGCCGGGUGGGCCGACAAAGUGCACGGCAAUACCAUACCGGCCGACGGCCCGCAGUUUGCAUUCACCCGAUUGGAGCCAAUCGGCGUUUGCGGCCAAAUAAUACCCUGGAAUUACCCGAUGGUAAUGCUGUCGUGGAAGUUCGGUCCGGCGUUGGCCACCGGCAACACCAUUGUCUUGAAACCGGCGGAACAGACACCGCUGUCAGCUCUGCACACCGCGGCUCUGGUGAAAGAGGCCGGCUUUCCGCCCGGCGUUGUAAACGUAGUGCCCGGUUAUGGACACACAGCCGGUGCCGCUCUGGCCAAACACCCGCACGUCGAUAAGAUAGCCUUCACGGGCAGCACAGAAGUGGGCAAAUUGAUAGUACAGGCGUCCACUGUCAACAUGAAACGUGUGACCCUCGAGAUGGGCGGCAAAUCACCGGUAGUGGUCACCGAAGACUACGAUCUGGAUGAGGCCGUGCAAAUCGCUCACGACGCUUGUUUCGCCAACGCCGGCCAGUGCUGUUGUGCGGGCACCCGUACGUACGUCCACGAGUCCAUCUAUGACCAGUUCGUGAAGAAGUCCGCAGAGUUGGCCAAAAAGCGAUUGGUUGGCGACCCGACCAAAGAGGACACAAUUCAGGGGCCGCUCAUCGACGACACGCAGACCAAGAAAGUGCUGGAACUGAUCGAAGGCGGCAAAAAGGAGGGCGCGGUUCUGGUCACUGGUGGCACACGACUGGCCGGCAAAGGGUUCUUCGUGGCCCCCACUGUGUUCGCCAACGUUACCGAUAAUAUGAAGAUCGCUCGCGAAGAGAUCUUCGGACCCGUACAGCAGCUGCUGAAGUACAGCACAAUGGAUGAAGUGAUCCGCCGGUGCAACGACUCCCGUUACGGUCUCGGCUCCGGUAUACUGACCAACGACCUGAACAAAGCCUUGCAGUUCGCGCAGGGAGUGAAGGCCGGAUCAGUUUGGGUCAACUGUUACGACACGGCCAGCGUUCAGACACCGUUCGGCGGCUAUAAGAUGUCCGGACACGGGAGGGAAUUGGGCGAAGACGGCAUCAAAGAGUACACUGAGGUCAAGGCUGUGACCAUUAAGAUAGCGGUCAAGAAUUCAUAAACACAUCCCUUUAAUUAUAUCACACUUUAAAAAAGUGUUCAAAAAUCUCA